AUGGCGACAAUUAAUCCACAAUUAAAGGAUGUUGGAACGAAGCGUGGAAUGGAAAUAUGGCGAAUUAAGAAUUUUGAUCUGGAAAAAAUACCAAAGGAACAAUUCGGUAGUUUCUACUCCGGUGAUUCAUAUAUUCUCCUUUAUACAAAAAAUCCAGGCGAAUGGAAUAUUCAUUUUUGGCUGGGAGAUGAUACAACUCAGGAUGAACAAGGAGCAGCAGCAAUUCUGACCGUACAAAUUGAUGAUGCACUUAAGGGAUUACCUGUACAAUAUCGUGAGGUUCAAGGACAUGAGUCAUCGCUGUUUUUGUCUUAUUUCAAGGAUGGCGUACGUUACCUGAAAGGAGGGGUAUCGUCUGGUUUCACACAUGUCACAGACAAAUAUGAAAAUUGGAAACCAAAAUUGUUUCAUUGCAAAGGAAAGCGAAAUGUGCGAUGCAAAGAGGUGGAAUGCAAAGGAGAAUCAUUGAAUCUUGGAGAUGUUUUCAUAUUGGAUUGUGGUUUAAAAAUAUAUGUUUGGAUGCCACCUGAAAGUGGAAGACUUGAGAAAAUAAAGGGAAUGGAACAGGCAAGAAAAAUUCGUGAUCAGGAACGAACUGGAAAACCUGAAAUAAUAAUUCUCGAUUCUGAUUGGGAUAGCAACAAUGACUUUUGGAAGAUUUUGGGUGGUAAAAAGAAAGUUAAGCCAGCAGAAACCGGUGGAGAGGAUGAAAAUUACUGGCAGGAUAUUAACAAUCAACUAACUCUUUGGAGAGUAUCAGAUGAAAAGGGCAAGAUGAAUGUCACGAUGGUUUCGAAAGGAAAUUUCCAGUACAAUCAACUCGAGUCAAAGGAUGCUUUCAUUUUGGAUACCUGUAAUAGUGGAAUAUAUGUUUGGAUCGGAAAAAAUUGUACGCAAAAUGAACGAAAAAAAGCUAUGACAUAUGCGAACAAAUAUAUUGAGUUACAGAAGAAAUCAAAAAACGCACAGGUGAUACGAGUUUUGGAAGGUGCUGAACCGAUAGCGUUUACCCAAUGGGCCAGUGCCUGGGAGAAUCCCAAGAAUAUACCGCAAUUCAUCCCUAAGCUAUAUCAGUGCAGUGAUAGGAAUGGCAGACUAACUGUUGAAGAAAUUUAUAAUUACACACAAAAAGAUUUGGAUGGCGAUGAUGUGAUGAUUUUGGAUGCUAUGAAAGUUAUUUAUGUAUGGGUUGGUACGGGCGCUAAUAAGAAGGAAAAGGAGGGCGCUAAUGACGUUGCUAAUAAAUAUCUACAAGGUGACAUACUUCCACGCCCGGCUGGAACUCAAAUUGUGCUUGUGAUGCAAGGUAAAGAAACACCUGAUUUCAAAAAAAUCUUCGAUAAAUGGGACGAUCGUAUCGCCGUAAGAUAUUUCAUUAAUUCUGAUCAAUUGCUAAAUACAGAAAUAAAAGAGCAUUAA